CGGCCAGAACACCAACUCCGCCCCAACUACCACCCACUCUUCAUCCAUGGCGGCUCGAAACUGGAUAAAUCCUUCUCUUUAAAGAAAGACUUAACAUCCUCUUCUCAAAACAAGGGAAAUCUUAUCAAAUCGAUUAAUUCACUCACUACAAGAAGCGAGAAAUCGGUUCUUCAUCGCAAGGAUUAAUCAUGGAAGUUCACAUCCAGGAAACCGUCACGGUUCACCCCGCAACUCCGCCGUUCUCCGACGACCACGUCCUCCCUCUGUCCCACCUCGACACCGACCGGAAUCUCAACGUCAUCUUCCGUUACCUCCGCGUUUACGUCAACAACGAGUCCAAGGAUGCCGACCCGUUCGAUGUGGUCGUUUCCUCCCUCUCCGCCGCCCUCGUGCGGUGGUACCAGUUCGCCGGGACUCUCCGCCGCCGUGCCCACGACAACCGCCUCGAGCUUCAUUGCCUGGCCGGCGGCGGCGUGAGGGUGGCGCGUGCCAAAGUUGAUUGCGCGUUGAGCGCCGUUAACUACCUCGACGACCCGGACGAGAAGUUCGUUGAGAAAUUGGUACCCGGCCCGACCAUCGACGAGGCGCUGACCCACCCGUUUACCCUGCAGAUAACCCGGUUCGCUUGCGGCGGGUGGGUCAUGGGCACCGCCGUGCACCACGCCAUGUGCGACGGGAUGGGCGCCACGCUUUUCUUCAAUGCCAUGGCGGAGGUGGCUCGCGGGGAGGAGUUUACGGUUGAACCGGCGUGGAACCGGGCGGCUUUGCUCGGACCGAGGAACCCGCCCCGGGUUGAUUUUCCGGUUGAUCAGUUCUUGAGCUUGGAUAAAGACUCGGUCCCGUACGCCCACUCCGGUAAACCGGCGGCUCAGGAGUUUUUUGAAAUGAAGGACGAGUGGUUGGACCGGCUCAAAGCCGCUUUACAUGAACAAUCCGGCUCAAAAUAUACUACCUUUGAAGCUUUGGGUGCAUUCAUAUGGCGAGCAAGUGUAAAGGCGUCAAAGAUCCCGGAAGACGAAACGGUGAAAUUUGCGUACCAAACAAACAUAAGAAGAAAGGUGAAACCCGCGCUGCCGUUUGGGUACUGGGGCAACGGCUGCGUCCCCAUGUACGUCCAGCUCGCCGCCAAAGACCUCAUCGGACAGCCGCUGUGGAAGACGGCGGAGCUAAUCAACAAGAGCAAAUUCAACACCACCGACGACUACGUCCGCUCCUUCAUCGACUUCCAGGAGCUGCACUUCCAGGACGGCAUCACGCCGGGGAACCGCGUCAGCGGCUUCACCGACUGGCGCCACAUCGGCCACGCCACCGUCGACUUCGGCUGGGGCGGCCCCGUCACGGUGUUCCCCCUCACCAGGCACCUGCUCGGCGGGGUGGCGCCGUGCUACUUUUUGCCCUACUCCGCCGCCGGCGAAGGGAAGAAGGAUGGGUUUAAGGUGUUGGUGUACGUGCAGGAGGAAGCCAUGCCGGCCUUCAAGGAAGAGAUGGAGAAACUCUCCGGCAAUGAGCUUAUACUUUCUUAGUAAUAUUAUGUGUAAUUUUAAUUAAUUUUAAUUUACUCUGAUUUUUACUUUUUCUUUUCUUUUCUUUUUACAAUAAAACUAAAUAUGUUAUAUGUGGCCCCAACCGCCCAUUUUUACUCCUACCAGUAUACUUAUAAUUUUUCAAUAAAAAAGGGU